GACGACGGCGCAUCGACAGCGAUGCCCCCAGCUAGCUCCGGAGCAUCUGGUGAGUCCUUUCGUGGGAAGCCGAUUGUUUGGUUCGAGUCUGGUUGACACAUCGAGGCGUAACGUUGGAGCAGGCGCCGAAGCGGGUGAUACUCCUGUCGGUACGGUCGAUGGCAUGGGCGCCACUAAUGAUGGUCCGAGCGACACCGGCACAUCUCCGGGGACCCCCGAAUCGCCAUCGGAUCCAACUGCAAGCACAGAUCCAAGUGAUACUCCUAUCACCGUUGGCGACGAUGCGCCAGACGAAGAUCAGCCAGAUGCAGUUGACGAGGGCGAUGAAGCUGGCGGGGCGUCUGACGGUCUGAUCCCAGUCGUUGUUGCACCUCAAUCAGCUGAUCUACCAAGCGCAGAAGACCCUGCUUCUGCUGAGGACGGAGCGGAUGGCGAAGCAGAUGAGGAUUCGGGCAUGAUACCCGUUGUGGUAGGGGACGAUGCAGACGCCGACGAUGGUCAAGGAGGCGAAUCGAGCUCAGACGCAGGCAUGGUCCCCGUUGUCAUCGGAGACGAUGCAGAUGCCGACGCCGGAGAUGUCGACGAUGAAGAGACGGCCAACUCGAGUCCAGACGCAGGCAUGAUUCCUGUUGUCGUCGGAGGGGAUACCGGCCCCGACGCCGGCAAUGCGGAUGGCGAAGAAGUACCCGACUCGAGCUCAGGCGUAGGCAUAGCUCCGGCGACCACCGGAGAUGAUGAUGGUGUCGAUGCCGACGGAGACGGAGAUGGAAACGGAGACGGAGACGGAGACGACACCGAAGAUGGAGGACCGACCGCUUCAAGCUCAGAUGCAGGCAUGAUUCCUGUCGUUGUCGAUGGUGAUCCUGACGCUGAUCCCGAAGACACCGAAAAUGGAGAAACAUCAGACUCAGGCAUAGACGCAGGCAUGACUCCCCUAGUUGUCGGCGAUGCCGAUGCCGGUACAACUGCUGAUGCGGGUGAUGCGGGUGACGCUGGUGCAGACGGGGCACCAAGCUCAAGCGCCGAUCCAGGCAUGAUUCCUGUCGUCGUCGGUGAUGCAGACGCCGCAGAUGAUAGCGCCGACGGGGCAGACGACUCAAGCCCCGAGGAUGGCUCCUCCGACGCUGCAGGCUCGGGAGCUGACUCGGGCAUGGUUCCAGUAGUGGUUGAUGAUCCCACCGCCGAUGCUGACGCAGCGGACGCAGCAGACUCAGAUGCAGAAGAAGGCAUGGUCCCUGUGGUCGUCGACGAUUCCGGCGAAGACGACGAUGAAGCCGAUGAAGCUGCUGCUGGCGCGGCUGCAGCACCAGGCAUGGUCCCACUUGUGGUGGGCACGCCUUCUGACGGAACAAGUCCGGCAGGCGGAGGUACUACAUCCAAUCCAUCGACGACGACGACGCCCCCUCAACCUGUCUUUGAUGCCGCUUACGUUGCCCAGAAGAUUCGACAAGCAGCGCUCACGGCUGCGACUGACGCCAUAGACCAGCUGAAUGCAGAAGCUGCGGAGGACUAUGCACAAGCGCUGGCAGACGCUACUGCCGACUUGGAUGCCGAUGGAGAUGGUGCCAUUGACCCGACAGCGCCGCCACCCGCCUUGCCGGACCCAAGCGACGCAGUGAUGGUCACCGCUGCCGACGCAAACACUCUUGCGAAUGCAGUCGCCUCCACUAGCGCGCGCCUCGUCCAGAUGGCUAUUUUCGGGGGCGUCCCAGUCGGACAGCCAGGAGAAGUUGACCCAGGUGCGUCGCCGUUGGGCUCCGAUUCGUCAAAUACAGUGCCUACCGUUGGUGAGCCUGGCGGCGGCGCUGGGGUCGCAGGAGGCACUGGCAGUGCGCCUGCCAAUCCUGGGUCUCCGAUUGGCUCUCCAGGAACCGCCCUGGGAGCUGGUCAGGGCUCGAUAGGAUCAGGAACGAGCGCUUCAGGACCUGGCUUAGGGUCACCAUCUCCUGGAUCGACCAACGGUCCAGGCGUAGGCGGCAGCAAUCCGGCGUCUCCCGGAAGUGGAAGCACGUCUGGAACGUCUAGCCCUCUGCCAGGAUCCGGCGCACCCCAAGCCGGGGGAAACGCACAAAGCCCGACUGGCGGCAGCGGUGUGGCGAGUGGUGGUAAUGCCGGUACAGGAUCAGGUCCAGGCGCAGCUGGUCCUCCUCCGAAUGCAGGCGCUGGUGGUCCUUCCGGUGGAGCAGGCGGCCCAGCUGGCGCAGGUUCAGCCACUCUGCCGGGCGAUCCUAGCAUCGGUGGAGGGGCUGCUGGAAGCGAUGCUGCCCCUGGCGAUCCUGAUGCCGGUGCUGAUGCAGCUGACGGCGGUGCAGGAGCUGACGCUGAUGCUGGUGCUGAGGCUGAUGGCGACCUCGCUGGUACUAACAGCGAAGGUCCGGACGCCAGCGAUCCGAGCGAUGGUGACAAUCUCCCUGGUGGUGCCGACGCUGGUGCCGAUGCUGGUGCUGGCGACGGCAAUGCAGGAGAUGAUGUUGACGCAGGACCCGAUUCUGCUGGCCCUGAUACCGAUGGAGAUGCUGGGCUCGAUGGAGCGGUCAGUGCUGGGGCGGAAAAUGGGCCCGAUGCCGACGGAGAAGCCGACGGAGUCACUGGAUCUGUUGACCCAGAUGCCAGCGACGACGCGGAGGGAGGCGGCUAUGCGGACCCUCAUGCCGAAGGCGAAGGGGACGCUGAAGAUCCUUCUGCAGCUGGCGCGGAUCCAGACGUUCCGGACGCAAGCGAGCCUCUAGAGCCGGAUGAUGGCGACGAUCCAGACGCUGACGCUGACACGCUCGACGAUCCGAAUUCGACAGCUGAUGGAGCGGACGCGGACGGAGACGCGCCAGACGGCGAAGCGGAAGAUGCUGGUGCCGAUGGACCCAUUGCUUUGUCCGACUUGGACGAGGCCGACAUCGAUGACCUAGCCAGCUCGAUCGGAGAGGCUGCGGCAGAGACUGUGGAGGACAUGGUGCUCGCAGGAGAUCCUGAUGCUAUGGACGAAGAUAUAUCCGAUCUAGCAGACGCCAUCUCUGAGGCGGUCGAGGCAUCUGUCAGCGAUGCCUUGACCGAACUCGUUGACGCGCUAGCCGAAGCCGAAGCUGAAGCACCGGAUGCAGAUGAUCCACCAGAGGACGAUGAGCCGAUCGAAGUUGCGCCACCCGACGACGAAGGCGAUGACGCCGCAGACGGGGACGACGAAGCCGAAGACGAAGACGGCGCGGAUGAUGGGGCGGGAGACGAUGAAGGCGAUGACGACGAGUAAGGUGGGACAGGCCUUUCCCGGAUUCAAGAGACUUGAGCGCAAGAGGCAAAGCGCCCCAAUGACCUCUGCUCGAGGAACAACACACACGCGGCCUGAGCCCUGUGUACGGCAGAGGGCAUCUCUUCAGCCCCGCUCUGAGGAUCCCGAGGCCUUUGCUACCAUGCUCGGCUUACGCUCAAAAGCUCUUG